AUGCCGCCUUCUAUUCUCUCUAAGUCGACCAAAAUAAAAGUAGGGAUACAUAACGUCUACAUAGAUAGAUUCCUCACAUCCGGCGGUUACGCACACGUCUACAUCUGUACAUCUAGCACGCCAAUAAACAACACAUACAAGCAUGUACUGAAGAGAAUAGCUGUUGAUAACCUAGAUGAUCUCAAAUUAGUUGGAAAUGAAGUUGAAAUUAUGAAAUUGCUUUCGAAUUCAUCGAACAUCGUCAAUCUCAUAGACGCAGCAGCCUAUAAGUUACCCCAGGGUGGACAUGAAGUCUUCAUUCUAAUGGAAUAUUGCUCAGGCGGUGCACUGAUUGACCUAAUGAACAGACACCUGAAGACGCGUCUGACAGAAUCUCAGAUAUUGGAUAUCUUCGUCGCUGUUACAGACGCAGUCGCUCAUAUGCACUCCUUGUCAAUUCUCCAUAGAGAUCUUAAGAUAGAGAACAUACUCCAGUCAGGUCCAAAGUCUUUUAAACUAUGCGAUUUCGGUUCAGCUACUCACCUAAAACCAAACUAUAAACCCUCAAAUUUGGAUGAAAUAAAAGCUCUCGAAGCUGACCUUAACAAACACACGACAAUUCAAUAUAGAGCACCCGAAAUGGUUGACCCAUACCAGUGUAGAAUUAUAGACGAAAAAGCUGACGUUUGGGCACUCGGUGUUCUAUUAUACAAACUCUGCUAUUAUACCACUCCAUUCGAGCAGAAUGGUCCACUCGCUAUCCUCAACGUACAGUAUACCAUACCAAAUUAUCCCCUCUAUUCGUCAUCUCUGAACACACUUAUUUCAUCCAUGCUCCGCGAGCAAUCCAGUCAGCGUCCAUCUGCAGUUGAAAUUCUCAAGAGAGUACAUCAAAUGCGUGGAACAAUGCAUGAAUUCAAACCACCACCUUCAAAACCCGUCAAGCAACCAUCACCUAUGCCUAUCAAGACAGGAAGACCUCUUCAGAGUCCAACUAAGAGUCCUUCGAAGGUCCCAGCCAAGCAGGAAGCUAUACACACCAAACCAAGCCAUUUCCUUUCUCCUUCUGACGUAACACCUCAACGGAGAGGUAGACCUAUAAAACUCAAAACGGGAUCAUCUAUACAGCAGCCACAUAGAGAGAAGACAGACGACCCUUGGGAAAUCAAAGAGGUGUCGUCUAAACAACUUCUCCAACCAAAAAUGUCGAAAUCCUUGCCUAACCAUCUCAAAGAUUUGCCGAAGAACCACCCAGUUGACCCAGAAUUCAAAAAUGUUGCAGCACGCUUUCCAGAUUUGGACGCCUUUGGUGAUCAAUUUGAGAACCGCUCAAAGAAAGACAUCUUAAUAGAUGUGGAUGUGAAGAGUACGACUGAUCCACAGGAAGAAAGCCCUGAUGGGCUUGUAAUUGAGGAGAUCCUCCCUCGUCAUCUUCGUGUACCGAAAGAUGUGGCCAUGAUAGGCCAGGAGAAUACCAGCAAUGGUGUUAAUUUGAUGGAUAAUAUGGACGUACCUCCAAGCAAGGAACAAUCACCACCUUCUUCCGAUGACGAACCGGAAGAUAUUGAGUAUUCAGUUGGUAGACAAUACACUCAACAGACGACUGAUCCUCUAAGUAAUCUCCAAUCACUCAAGGAUGAGCUGAGCUAUCCCCUCACGAGUAACCAGGAAGAAGAUAAAACUGAAAAGCAAAAUGAUAAGCAAGAGGAAAGCAAAGCUUCGCAAAAUGAAAAGCCAAGUAGACAGUCAAGUGUACAACCAAGUGUACAACCAAGUGUACAGCCAAGUGUGCAGUCAAAUGGACAUCAAAUUAAGCAGCAAAAUGUGCAAAACAAUAGACACCAAAGUGGACAAACUGCUAAAUCUAAUUUGCAAUUGUUGGUCGAAAAGGACGAGGAGCGCUCCAAGCUGCAGUCCGAGAAACUUCCUUCUCCAGUUAUACAGGAUGAUGCUGAAAGUUAUGACUCCAAUAAGCAGGAAGAGAUCAUAGACAAUCAAACCAGUAAACCAGAUAAACCUAGUAAACCAAUUGGACUCAAAGUCGGUAAUCUGAUUGAUGUGUCCCCACCUGAUACACCUGCCGCUGAAAAGAAGUCGGAUAAGCUUAUAGAUAUCUCAGAACCAUCGUCGCCUGUUCAGCCAGAUGCGCCUACUAUUCAAAUUCAUGAGCAGAGUCCUGAGCCGGAAAAACUCAUAGAUAUCUCACCAACAGAGCCAGAACCAGAACGAAAGGUCAGAACUUCGACAUCCGCAAGUCCGCUUGUCGAUAGCGUGAGUAAGAAGGGCGCAACAUUACCAAGAAGACAUAGUCUUCAGGUGAAGCAGCAUCAGCGUUCAACAUCGAUUGGGAAUGUAGUAAGCAAGUUUGAGAACUUGGAAGCGACUGCGAAAGAGAAGAAAACAGGACCUGCUAUAUCACCAAAACCAAUCGUAUUAGCGAAGAGUCGUCCGAAGACGAUGUACUUUAAGGAAGACGAAAGUGAAGAAAAAUUCCCUGGGGUUGCGGCUAGAAUAAAACAAUGGAGUAAACAAUGAAUAAGGGUGUAGAUAUUUUUCUAUAUAUUUUAAAUGAUGUAUUAC